AUUACGGUUUCUCUUUUUCUUAAAAAAAACAACAGACAUACUCGACUCCAAUAGUUAUUUUAAAAGUAGAAUAAUUAAAUACAUCGGAAAAGCCUAUUAAAUACAAAAAAUGUGCACUUACACACCUUCAGGCUCCCUCUCUCUGACUCUCUUCUCACCUCCUCACAGUUAAAUCUAAGUUUCUGUUUCUCUGCUCUGUCUCAUCUUCACUACCGCUUCAUCCUCUCCUCCUGGGCCGCUGCGCAGUCUAAAAGCCUCCCCAACUUUUACUGUCUAAGCUGGGGAUUUUCAGCCUCUGUCACACUUUAUAAGAUUAAUGAGCUGAGUAUUGUAAACAUUUUUUUUUUCUGAUGGAGCCAUAUUGCAAACAGAGCCGGCCAGCUCCAUUCACCUAAUGUUAACCGUCAUUACAUCACUCAGAGGAAUGAAAAAAUGUUCGAGAGAUGCUCCAUUGUUUGAGAGCCGGGAUGCGCCGACCCGCCGCCCACACGACGCACAUGGCAACCGGCCGCCUUCACGUUAUUUCUCCCCAGAAUUUACCCCCCGUUAAGACAAAACAAUAGCAUCUAUCAUGUGCUGUAGCCUCUCUUUGCCUCAGCAUUUGGUGGAAAAAUAAUAAUGCUGCUUCCCACAGCCAUCGCCGCCGCCAGGCCCCGGCCCCCGAUUGGCUGUUUUGGCUCACAUGACCAGGAAUUGGCUGCAAUUUCGUCCCAUAGUUCUUCAGUUUAGCUUACCCAGGUCCCCAUACGCUAGUAAUAUCACCAAUAUACACAAUUAUUAUAUAGACACCGCAUUUACGCCAUUGCGGUCGGGAACCUCCAUGCUCGUGCGUUUUUUCAUUUCGUUUUAUUUUUUAAAAGCCAUAUUGUGUUGUGCGUGUGUGUGCAGCGUGCGUGUGUAUGUGUUUUGUUUUGUUUUUUGUUUUUUUUAUUUUGGGGAAGGGAUUGUUCGGGGGUCUCGCCGUUUGAGGGUGAAACCGGUUUGAGGGAGCUAUGAAUUUUGAAUUUGAAAGGGAGAUCGGUUUUAUAAACAGCCAGCCAUCCCUAGCAGAGUGCCUGACGUCCUUCCCCGCCGCCCUGGAGUCAUUUCAAACUUCAUCAAUCAAGGAGUCGACAGUAAUUCCGCCUCCCUUCGAGCACACCAUCCCCAGCCUCAGCCCCUGCACAGCCAGCCAGCCGAGACCGGCUGCUAGGAGCCAGCAGAACCGGAGAACCUCCGCCACCAAUGGCCUCCAGACGCACCACCGAGGAGCCCAGCAGCCCGGACCGCCAGGCCAGGCCCCUGCCCUGGUCACGGCGACCCCAGCCGGUCCGCUGGCCCACGAGUUCCCCUGGAUGAAGGAGAAGAAGUCAUCCAAGAAGUGCCCCAAGCCUGGGGGCAGCUCCAGCGGUGCUGGAUCCAUCAUCCCCCCCGCCUCGUCCUCCCCGUCGCCGACCGCCUCCGGGUACGCUUCGGCGGGCAUCGAGUCACCCACAGACACGAGCCAGGCGGGUCUGGAUGGUGGAGGAGCCGGGUCCCGUCGGCUGCGCACUGCGUACACCAACACGCAGCUGCUGGAGCUAGAGAAAGAGUUCCACUUCAACAAGUACCUGUGCCGGCCCAGGAGGGUGGAGAUCGCCGCCCUUUUGGAUCUGACCGAGCGACAGGUCAAAGUUUGGUUCCAGAACCGGCGGAUGAAACACAAGCGACAGACUACGCACCACAGGGACAGCGGAGGAGGGGGCCACGAAUCCAGUGACCCGGGCGGGUUCGAGCCGCUCGAAGGCGCCGACGCCUCAUCUCCAUACUCAAGCCAGCCGCUGGAGGCGUCGGGCACCGGGGAAACUGUUGUGGAGGGCGAGGCGGCGAGCGGCGAUCCGUCUUCGGCCACUGCUCCCGCCGCCUACGCUACUGACAGCGGGGACAAUGCACAGCCCACGCCAGAGGAGGGAGGCCGUUUGAGCCGUCACGAACGCCCAUCGCUGCCUGGGGAAUCUGGCCCCGCAGAUGUUGCUGCGACUCACCAUUCCCCGCCGUCGUUCACCGCCACGAACUCCACCGACAUCCCGGGCCUGGUGAAGCUGAGCGAGUCCGGGCACGCAGCAGCAGCGGCAGCGGCAGCGUCCGAUUCGUCGUUCUCCGAGCAGCGAGACAUCACCGCUACCGCAGCCCCUGCUCCUCCUGCCGCCUCCUCAUCUGCGCUCCCCGACCUGACUUUCUUUGCCGGGGACGCCUGCCUGUCACCCAGCCUGCAGAGCUCCCUGGAUAGCCCGGUGGAUUUCUCCGAGGAGGACUUCGACCUGUUCACAAGCACACUGUGCACCAUAGACCUGCAGCACCUCAACUUCUGAGGUCAGCUGCAACGUUUAAUAGUAAACGAAAAUAAAAUUAAAAACGAACAAAAACAAACAGUAAAAGGAGUGGACGGACAGGCCUGUGUGGAUGAACAAUCGAGCGGAGGAGAAGGACUGUUUUAAAAAGAACAAAAGCUUCUCGGCAACAUUCCUGAAACAUUUCUGAAUGAAAAUUGUGUUCGUUUUGAAAUAUACUUUUUCGUCUUCUUGCUGGUUUUAUUUUGCGGAUAAUGUAGUUUAAAACAGAUACGAUUCAUUUUAUUUUACUUUUUUUUAAACAUCGAAGGAAAAUAGUUUUUUUUCACGAUCUAAACGUUGUGGACUUUUUUCUCCCUCUUGCCCAAAUUUCAGGUAUUUAUUGCCUUCCUUGUUUUUGAUAAUUUUUUGUCAAAAUUAUUAACCCUUAUCAGUAUGUGUGGAUUUAUUUCCUCUAGUCCAUUCUGGUGCAGCUUCAUGGAUCCUUAAUAAAUUCUCAGGAACUGGAGUCUAGGUGCAGAUAGCUGGGCUGCUAUUAGAAAAUCUAAACUGAAGAAUGAAUUCAUUCUCUCUCUGAACGAGACAACGAGAGGGAAGACCUGCUGAUGACCCGAGUUUUAGACCCUAGUUUAUUUAUUGAGAUUCUUUAAUAGUGAAAAUCCAAAUUAUUUAUUGUAUAUAUAUUUUCAUAGUGGAAUAAUAAUAAUAAAACAUACAAACAUUUA